AAGGGUGAAGAGCACGGGACGCGCAAGCGCACUCGGGCCGUCCGACCCCUGGUUGCCUUAGUAACCGCUUCGCCGCCCUCUGUCCCCAAGACCUGCGCCGCCAGCGCUAGGAUGGAGCUCUUUAAACCCGAACCCGAGCUCCAGCAGUUUUACCACCAGUUGCUGCGACCACUGUCGCUCUUCCCACGCAGUGGGACAAGCCCAGAGUCUCAGAAGCCCCUCCCGCAGGCGGUCCCAAUGCAACUGCCCCUGACCGUCUCGCGGCUGACCGUGGCGUCACUGUGCCGCCAGGUAGCCAAGCGGCUGGCCCUCAGCGGGCUGGCGGAGCGGAUGCCUCCCGAGGGCCGACUCCGUUUCACAGAGGUCAUUCUGGACGAGCUAAAGUGUAGCUGGCGGGAGCCUCCCACUGAACCUAGUUUGAGCCACUUGAACAACCAGAGGCUGCGAAAGCGGCUCCUGGUCUACGUCCUGCUCAGCUGUGAGCACCUCUUCUUACGCUACCUGCACCUGCUGAAGACCAUGUCGACCUCCUCAGAUGUCUUCACUGAAUCAGCCACGCUCACCAGGUUAGCCGCCAGCCUCGCCAGGGACUGCACAGUCUUCCUCACCAGCCCCAAGGUCUACCGUGGCCUGCUCUCCGACUUCCGCGCCCUGCUGAAGGUAGAGCAGGCCCAGGGCAACAUAUACAAGUUGCGCUCCUUCAGGCCCCCUGGGGCUUUCAAGCCAUGGUCUCACAUCAUGGAUUUCGCCCAAGGGCCAGGCUGCAGCCUCAGUCUGAACUACCUCAUCCAACUCAGCCGCCUGCCAGAGUUUUUCAGUGAGCCAGAACCGGAUCCAGUGAAGGAAUUGAAGUCCAUCCCACACCUGAAGAGAAGGCCUCUCCACUGGCUGCCCGCCAUGCAAAGGAAGGGAGAAAGCAGCUUCAAUUCCUUACAGAUUGUGUCACUGCCCACAUACAAUGUGGCUCCCACCAGCGAGUCUCCCCCCAGCUCCCAUUUGCCCCUCUACUCCCAUCUCCAGAAGGGCCAGUCCAUGCCCUCUCUGCGUGAGGGCUGGAAGCUAGCAGAUGAGUUGGGCCUUCUUCCACUACCGCGUCGUCCCUUAACCCCUCUGGUCCUGGUUACAGAGAGCAAAUCAAAGCUGGCAGGGAAUAUGGUGGCUGAGGACCUGAAGCAGAUAACGAGGAACAUGAAAUUGGAGUGGACUCACUACUCACCGCUCGACUCAAGCCUGCCCCUGCUCCUGGGAUCCCUGACCCACCGCUCAGUUGCAGCACAUUGCAUGGAAGAGCUGCAGAGAAAGCUGAAUGAGGAACAAGAAACCUCUGGACAGCGGGGCCCCAAGUCCCCCAAAUCCCCUCCACUUCAUCCACAGCCAGUGACUAUUACUUUGAAGCUAAGAAAUCAGGUAGUGGUCCAAGCAGCUAGUGUACAGGUCUCUGAGAGAAAGCUUUUGGAUUCCGUCCACGUUGAGGGGACCGGAGUCCUAUACAACCAUCUGGCUGGUGAACUGGAACCCAAACUUAUAGAGGAAAUGGAUAGUGAUCGCUUUGUUGGUAAUAGCAUCCGGGAGGUCUACAAGGAGUUGAUGAGCCUUGUCUCUCUUGACCACUUCUCUUUUGACCAGGGAUCCAUGAUUGAGCCUGCAGCCAAAAAAGAUUGGUCGAUGUUCCUGACCUCAGCCUUUCUGCGUCAAGGAAAACAGUGUUGUGUCACCAACCCCAAGCUAGCUGGACUUUAUUCCCAGAGAGCAAACACUUUGCAGUCCAAUCCGAAUAGAAUGUCCUCCCUUACAUCACCCCAAAUAAGCAAAGGCUGGGAGAGGCAGUCAAGCAAGGCCUUGUGGAUGAACCAGUGGAAAACCUCGUUGUCCGUGGAUGACUAUUUCAGGUAUCUCACCAACGAGGAGACAGAUUUCCUCCAUGUCAUCUUCCAAAUGUUUGAAGAGGAGGUUCCUGUGGAGAUCGUGGCCCCUGUCAGAGAGUCCCUAAAGAUUCAGCACCCACCUCCAUUGCUAGAAGAUGAAGAGCCAGACUUCGUGCCAGGGGAGUGGGAUUGGAACACAGUGCUGGGGCACAGGCUAGAAUCUAAGGGGACCAACUUCCUGGGAGAACCCCACCAAAUCCAGAGCCUGCAGAAACGUCUGGAGCGACUGUGGUCCAUGUUUGAAGUCCCCAACAAGGACCGGCUGGACAUGGCCAUCAAGUACAGCUCCAAUGCCCAUCUGAGGCAGCUACCUUCAUUGGUGAGUGCCUGGGAGCAGGCCCUCCAGCCCAUUCAUCUUCGGGAGAUGUUGUUGGGGAAACUGGAGUGGUUUGAGCGACAGGCCUCCGACCCCAACCGUUUCUUCCAAAAGUCCAGCAGUUGCUUCCUGGAGGAGAAUCAGAUCCGCAACCAUCUACACAAGAAGCUCCGUCUAAUGGAGGCUCCUUUGGCUUCGCUUCUGGAGGAGAUUGAGUUAAUCUUCAGCGAGCCAGUGACCUUCAAGGGGCGGAGCUACCUGGACAAGAUGAAGCACGACAAAGUGGAGAUGCUCUACUGGCUGCAGCAGCGGAGGCGGGCGCGCCACCUGGUCCGGGCCCAGAAGGCUUCCCACCAGUCAGCCAUGUUUGGCAGGCUCAGCAGCCAGCAUUUAAUAGCCCCUGGGAAUAGUCCCAUUACCCUCUGACCAGGCCAAGUGCCCUCACAUCCCCCCCUCACCCCUCAACACCCAGCAGCUCAUCCAGGCCUCUUGAUUGCUUUGGAAGAAGAAAUAACUGGGAGUGCAGGCUUCAGGAACACUGUGCUUCCAACUACCAAGGGACUGAGAUUAACACUUUAUUUUGACAAUUCUCACAAAAGAACCCCCAGCCCAGUAUUCCCAUUUAUGUCAAGCUAAGCACAAUACAGCCAAAAAUCUCAUAUAUCAAAAGAACUGAGACCAUCCCUUGGAGUUUAUUGUAGUGGGAAAUAUCAGACAGAGGCAAACCAUCACCUUUGGAAUACUUUGGCAUUUUUAUUAUG